UGAUUAUUAAUUAGAACGAAUUGAUUUAAAUAAAAUAAGCUGAGUAGUUAUGUCGGUAAUUAUUGACUUUAACGGUUAUUUUAUCACCGCGUCAAAUUUCGUGGCAAAAGAAUUCGGUGUUAUGUCAGUAACUGAGGAUUCUAGUGGUACUGUUAUCGAUGAAAAAGGAGUAUUUAAACCAUUUUGUAAUUGGAAUGAUUUACCAGAUGAGUUGCAAUCGUUUUAUUCAUUAGUAAUAAAUAAACUCAAUGGAAUACCAUGGGAGAGUGGAAAUAUUUCGUCGUUCGACCAGGAAAGUAUUUUUAGAAAUUAUUUGAAAAAUGCAAAGGUAAUUAUUGUCCCGAAUGAAUUGAAAAAAAAAUUAUUGAUACAAAUAAUUGGGAAUUUUAAAAAAAUUUUGUGCAUGACUGACGUUCAUUAUGAUGACAUUGAAAAAUUGGGGACUAAUUGUUCGAACCACAAUAAUCCCAGUGAAAAUAAUUGCGCUUAUGACAAUGUCGCGAGAAUAAAACAUUUUCUUGAAAAAACGGGUAUGGCGCAUAUGCUGAAUUUUGAACUGCGUGGGGAUGUUAGAGAAGAACAUCGAUCGUUUGUUAAUUUUCUGGUAGAGGAAACUUUUAAAAAUAAUUGAAAUUAUUAUUUUUACUAAGCAAAGAAAUGAUUUCGAAAUUCCCUGAUAUUUCCCAGUUUUCUAGUAAAGUUUUUCAAAUUUUUCCCUGAUUCGAAACUUGGAUUCGAAUCAUUAAGAUAUUCAAAGUUUUGAUUACAUUCUUAUUGUUAAUAAUUAAAUCUGAUGUCAGUAAAACAAAUUAAUAUGGCCUACUUUUGAUUAUUUGAUGUUAAAAAUAUGUAAGUUAAAAUAUUUAAUAAGAAAUUUUAUGAUUAAAAUAAUUUCAAAAUACACUAGUCACAAAAAUUAAAGGAUAUCAAAAAAAUUCCAAAUUUUUAAGUGAUUUUCCUCAGGUUGUAACUCAAAGGAAAAUGGUCGUACACAAAAAACAGAAAAGACAAAUUGUAGCUUCAAGUGUCUAGUUUUCUGAUCUGGUCUU